AUGUCGACCGACGAGAAGCACAGCCGCAACAACUCGGUCGUUGCGGCUGCUGGCCUGCACACGACCAGCGAUGUCGAACGCAUCGAGGCCCCCGUCACCUGGAAGGCGUAUGUCAUCUGCGCCUUUGCCUCGUUCGGUGGUAUCUUCUUCGGUUAUGACUCUGGUUACAUCAACGGUGUCUCUGGCUCUCCUGCCUUCUACAAGGCUGUCGAGGGUGCCUCUGCCACCGCCCUCACCGAUUCCAACCUGUCUCUGAUCACCUCUAUCCUGUCUGCCGGUACCUUCUUCGGAGCCAUCAUCGCUGGAGAUGUCGCCGAGUUCAUUGGCCGCAAGUGGACUGUCAUCGUCGGUUGCUUGAUCUACAUCUGUGGUGUCGUUAUUCAGAUCGCUACUACGCCCAACUCUUCUGCUCUCGGUACAAUCGUUGCUGGUCGUCUUAUUGCUGGUCUGGGUGUCGGUUUCGAGUCCGCCAUCGUCAUCCUGUACAUGUCUGAAAUUUGCCCCCGCAAAGUCCGUGGUGCUCUGGUCGCAGGCUACCAAUUCUGCAUCACAAUUGGUCUGCUGCUUGCUGCCUGCGUCGUCUACGGCUCCCAGCAUUACGAGGACACUAGGGCGUACCGCAUCCCCAUUGGAAUCCAGUUCCCCUGGGGUGUCAUCCUCGGUACCGGUCUGCUCUUCCUGCCCGACUCGCCCCGUUACUUCGUCAAGCGUGGCCGCCUCGACCGCGCUACCGACGCCCUCUCCCGCCUCCGUGGCCAGCCCGCCGACUCCGAGUACAUCCAGGUCGAGCUUGCUGAGAUUGUCGCCAACGAGGAGUACGAGCGUCAGCUCAUCCCUAACACCACCUGGUUCGGAUCCUGGGCCAACUGCUUCAAGGGCUCCGUGUUCAGCUCCAAGUCUAACCUGCGCCGCACUAUCCUCGGUACCUCCCUGCAGAUGAUGCAGCAGUGGACUGGUGUCAACUUCAUCUUCUACUACUCCACGCCCUUCCUCCAGUCCACCGGUGCCAUCAGCAACACUUUCCUCAUCUCGCUGAUCUUCACGCUGGUCAACGUGUGCUCCACCCCCAUCUCGUUCUGGACCGUCGAGAAGUUCGGCCGUCGCUCCAUCCUCAUCAUCGGUGCCUUGGGCAUGCUUAUCUGCCAGUUCCUGGUCGCCAUCAUCGGUGUUACGGUCGGUUUCAACCACACCCACCCUGACCCCGCAGACCCGACCAAGUCCAUCGCAGACAACAUCCCGGCCGUCAACGCCCAGAUUGCCUUCAUCGCCAUCUUCAUCUUCUUCUUCGCUUCCACAUGGGGCCCCGGUGCCUGGAUUCUGAUCGGCGAGAUCUUCCCUCUGCCCAUCCGCUCCCGUGGUGUUGCCCUGUCAACCGCCUCCAACUGGCUGUGGAACACCAUCAUCGCUGUUAUCACCCCUUACAUGGUCGGUGAGACGCACGGCAACCUGAAGUCGAGCGUCUUCUUCGUGUGGGGUGGUCUCUGCACCUGUGCCUUCGUCUACUCCUACUUCCUUAUCCCAGAGACCAAGGGUCUGUCGCUGGAGCAGGUCGACCGCAUGAUGGAGGAGACGACCCCCCGUACUUCAGCUGGCUGGAAGCCCACCACCACCUUCGCCGGUGGCCUGGACCACGGCGUGUCGGACAAGGGAAUUGUCGAGAACGCCGAGCACCGAGGAGGCUCGGCUGUCUAA